AUGCCCUCACAUCAGAAGACCGCUGUCGAUUACUAUCUGGAGAAUUAUCCUCCUGACUAUCCCAAAAAUAUCUGGAACUCUACUGGCAUGUCUCAUGCUUUGGCUGACAUUUCUGCCAAUGGAGCUAACUACAUUGUUGCCAUUGACGGUGAAUUUGAGCUUGUGUACAGAACUUCCUGUUCUUUGCCAGUUAGUGGCACCAUCUUUACAAUGAUCAACAAUGCCCGUCUCACGAUAGGAAAAAGCCCAAUUGGGUUCAUUAACCCUAUGAUCUACUCUGCUGAUUUCACAGGCGCUUUCAAUGAUAUUACUGAAGGGUCAAACCCGGGUUGUGGCGCUGAAGGCUACAAUGCAACUGUUGGAUGGGAUCCAGUUACUGGUCUUGGUACUCUCAACUUUCCUAAGUUGCUCGAGAAAUGGUUGGCUCUUCCAUAG